AUGGCCUAUAGUGUGUGUGCGCUUAGACGAAGCGGGUCCAUUCUGAAACCAAACUUGUGCCACAAGAAGGUAGCCGCUCCAGCUCACAUGAAAGAGCGCAACGUUCAGCUCAACUCGCACACGAAGCGUGGCAGUGCUCGACACCAGCACCUCGCUACGGAAAAGCUGAGACUUUGGGACCUCGAAGAGCUUGCUCAGCUACGGGGCGCACUUUUGCGCUGGUACGACAGCCAGGCGCUACAGUUACCGUGGCGCCAACGGGGCGGUCGUCCCGAUCCCUACCAAGUCUACGUCAGUGAAGUGAUGCUUCAGCAGACUCGAGUCAAGACAGUAGAGAUGUAUUUCAUGGAGUGGAUGCGACGCUUUCCGACCGUUGAGGCGCUCGCUGCGGCUACCGAGGAAGAGGUGUUGCAGCAGUGGGCCGGCCUCGGAUACUACCGCCGUGCUCGGAUGCUGCACGCCGGUGCCAAGUGGAUCGUAGCACAAAACCGUGGCAAAAUACCCGCAUCCGUCCGGGAUCUGGAACAAGUUCCAGGUAUUGGGGUGUACACUGCCAGCGCCAUCGCCUCGAUAGCGUUCGGGGCAGUGGUUCCCGCAAUCGAUGGCAACGCAACGAGAGUCGUAUCGCGCCUUGCUGGCAUGUGCUGCACGAACGUGUGGAAAGGAGAUGGAAAGCGCCUCCUAGCAGCGGUAGCUUCGGAGCUCGUGGAUGCAAACCGGCCAGGGGACUGGAACCAGGCUGUUUUCGACCUCGGGAGAUCUCUGUGCACGGCACAGGUAACAGAAGAGGCAUGUGCGGUGUGCCCAGUUCAGAAGUUUUGCAGGGCGGCCGCGCUUCCCAUUUCGGUUCGGCAGAGUACGCCCUAUGGUGUUGCGGAAAUCUCCGAGGGAAAACUGAAAUUGCAACGUCAUAUGCCGCGCGUCAGAGCUCGCCAAGAACUGCUUUUAGCUUUCGUGUUGGUCGCUUCUGUUGCUCCUCAUGCCGCGUCAGACAGCACAGAGACAUUGUAUUACGUCAGACGCCGCGCCUCGCACGGCCUGCUUGGUGGCCUCUGGGAGGUACCGAACAUCGUGGUGGAGCGCCUGCCCCAUGCUGACCCGCAUCCGCUAGCGCAGCAAGGAUUCAUCGAACCGGAAGAGAAAGAUGGCGGGGAGAGCGCGGCCGGAUCGGAAGUGUUCAGACAACUUGCUGCAGCGCUCAAUUCCCAGAAAUCGUUUAAGCUGAGUGUUGUAUCCAUCACCCCGAUACCAAAGAUGGUGCGGCACCUCUUCACGCAUAUUCGGCAGGAUAUUCAGGUGUUUCGGGUGGAAGUUACAGGUAAUCCAUGCUUUCUGGAUGAUGGAGAUCAAGGUCGCUGGGUACGGGCGAUAGCUCUGGAGGAGCUUGGUCUUUCGACCCAGAUGCGGCGAGUACUCCGAGCAGCUGGUAUUCCGUUGACGCGAAAGCGUUUCGGCGAUGCGUCCACUGCGACGCACUCAUAA